AUGACGACACCCGGGUCGUCGGUGCUGCCGCCUCGCGCCAACGUCGUCAAAUUGAGCGAGCGCGAUCUGCUCGACUACCGAGCAGUCCAAAGAACCUUCGACGGAGCCUAUGCAAGGACAGCCCUGGGCCAGCUUUGCUAUGCCACGGUGAUUCUUCGCCUUUUUCAGCCCAAGUUCUUCUAUAUUGGUCUGGCAUACGCGAUCUUGGGCAUGGGAUUCAUACCCGUAGCAGUAUUUCGCUAUCGGAUGGCCGUCAAUAAUGCCAAUCGCUUCUUGGCGAUGGAUGUGAUAGAGCCAGAGCCAGAGCCAGCUUCAUCGUCAUCGCCUGACCCAGAGCCAGAGCCAGCUUCAACUUGGAACGGUCAGACAGCUCCACCUGUGCGAACAGUGCUACGCGAGAGCUUUGUGACAGCAGGCUCGAUAGUUGCAGCAGCGACGGCACUUGUAGGUCUCGCCGAAGUCGCCAUUCUGGUGCUCAUUAUUCGAGUAUAG